GCAAUGAGUCAAGUACCAAAGUCGUGUGUGUCUCAAACACGAAGAGAUUACUUAUUAAUAUUACUAUAACUAAUAGUAUUACUAGUGUAAGCGUAGAUCUGUAGUAUAUUGGAUAUCGUUUUCAUCAGCUGCACGGCUGUGAUCAAAAUGGAUGUCGUGCACGUCGUAAACAGAAUAAAUCUAGAUAAGCCCAGCUGGGACCAGACAACAUUCUCUGGCAGAGCAAAGCAUUUUAUUAUGCUGACAAAUCCACUGAACGUGUUGUGCACUAAUCAACAGCUGGACGAGGCAAAGAAUCUCAUCUAUAAAUAUAAGAAGGGUGAGGAGCCUCCAGGAACAACUCCAGAACAGCUAUGGCAAGCCAAGUAUGCAUACGACUCUGCUUUUCAUCCUGAUACUGGGGAAAAGAUGAUGCUCAUUGGCCGCAUGUCUGCACAGGUCCCUAUGAAUAUGUCAAUCACAGGCCUGAUGAUGACAUUCUACAAGACAACUCCAGCAGUAAUUUUCUGGCAGUGGAUUAACCAGUCAUUCAAUGCACUGGUCAACUACACAAACAGGAGUGGAGAUACACCAAUACCAAACAAAACUCUAGCUAUGGCUUAUGUGGGUGCAACAACAGGUGCAACCUUGACUGGUCUCUUUCUCAACAGUGCCGUAAAGAAUGCACCAGCACUCGUCGGGAGGUUUGUCCCAUUUGCUGCUGUUGCCGCAGCCAAUUGCAUCAAUAUACCUCUCAUGAGGUUUAGCGAGCUGACGGAUGGCAUACCAGUGUUUGACGAGAAUGGCAAUCGGAUAGGAGACUCCGUGAAAGCCGCUGAGCGUGCGAUUCCCAUGGUGCUGCUGUCGAGAAUCAUGAUGGCCAGUCCCGGCAUGGUGAUCCCUGCCAUAGUCAUUAACAAGAUGGAAGGUGGCAAGCUGUUUAGACGCUUUCCAUGGGCCGUGGCACCUGUGCAAGUAAUGCUCGUCGGAGCGUGCCUUGUAUUUGCCACGCCACUUUGCUGUGCGAUAUUUCCACAGAACAGCUCAAUAAACGUCUCGAGUCUAGAACCGGCCCUUCAGGAGAAAGUGGCAAAGUGGGACAAUCCACCGACCACAGCUUACUACAACAAGGGCCUGUAGAUGGCACCACGAACGAUUGUGUACGUGACUAUUUGGAUACUUAUACAUACAUACGUUACAUACAUUACACAUACAUACACCGGAUAUAUCAGGCUCAGAAUGCUGUAUUGGUGCUGGGUAUGGUGCUACUCAUUAAACCAACUAGCUUGAAUGUUAUAAAGAAAUAUGAAAGGGAAUCAUGACACCUUGCUCUCUUCACGACCUUGCUAUCUGUGCGUAUAGAUUUUAUUUCUUCAGUAUGGGUAUAUGUUGUGAGGACAGUUGUUUACCUUGCUGUGAUAGUUGAAGCAGUUCUAUUGCUGCCCAGGUAUUACUGAACAACAUUUUUAAAUCUCUUCCACGUCAUACGUAGUUUCUGUGUUAUCAUAAGAUGUUUGAAUUGAGGUGUUACAACUAAAUGCUUUCCAGUAGGCUCUAGGUACCGCGUUUGCGUCCGUUUACUUGCUGUAAAAUAGAGGCGUGAUAUUAUUUUAGAGUGUACCCAGGGUAUAUAGCAUGUAAUGCAAUUGGGUAAUAUAUAAUUUGGUAUAAUAUAUAGUAGGAAAUUGACGUUAUUUAAAUUCAAUAAAUACAAGUUCUUGAACUGUGUUAGUAGUUAAGCUUAUUGCAACUGUUACAGGAAAAUAAAAAAAGUUGUUUUGUAUGUGCUAAGUCAAGACA